UAGAAAUGUCAAGAAAGCAAUAACACAACCAAACGGCAUGACGGACCCGAAAUAUACCUUUGUGGUCGAACACCUGGACCCAGAGCUAGGGCCUUGGUCGGCCUUGGAGUACAAGACCAUUGCCAAAGAAUCACGUCGUUCGGGCUGCCAUUUUGUUCUAUCUUCUGUCCCGCAGUCGCUGUUAGAAACAUCAUCGGAUGUGAAGGAGCUGCAGAGUGUGGGCGGAGAGGCCAGAACCGACAGUAUCGAGACAUAUUACGCUCAUAAAAAAGACAAGAUUUGUCUCCUUGAUCCAGGCGCCGAACAAGAAUUGAGCCCCUCAGACUCUCAAGUCUUUGAUGUCUUCCUGUUCGGAGGAAUCCUAGGGGACGACCCACCACGAGAUCGAACAAGUGAAUUGCGAAAGAAAGGAUUUUCCGGCCGGAGGCUUGGUCCGAAGCAAAUGACUACAGACACAGCUGUCCGUGUGACACGAAUGGUGAUACUUGAGCAGGCGCCUCUUGACGAAAUUCCAUACGUCGAUUUUCCGGAGCUGAAACUGAACGAGCAUGAGACUACCGAAAUGCCAUUUCGAUAUGUCACGGACAAAUCAGGGAAGCCCAUUAUGCCCGAGGGCAUGAUGGAAUUGAUCAAAGCUGAUGCCGACAAGGCCUUUGACGAUGUUGAAUUUGUCGAUGAGGUCGCAGGGCUCGAAGAGAUGAAGAUUGACCGAGCUUGAGAUUCGUAUCGCAAGGCUUGUGAUCAUCUUCCAAAUGAAGCUGCCGUCGAUGGAUUCCCCAGUGGCUUCAAGACUGUCUGACUGUAUUCGCAUUGAUCAAGGGAGCGAUAUCAACACUUGGUAGGGCCUGCUGCUAGAUACAGAAGGCAAGGGAUCACUGUCGUGGUAUCCAGCCGAGGCUGUCAGCGAAAGCAUGCGACACGAGCACUUAGACUUUGAGACCUUGUCAUAAACGAACACCUCACACCUCAAACUCCCUUCAGGCGGACCUUGAGAGACCGUCGUCAGCGCUCUCUUGCCGAAAUCGCACAGCGGCUCCGGAAGCUCCAGCGGUUCUACUGUCGCCUUCCAACCAGGAAUCAUGCCACCUCCGCUUCUGCAACAGGUGGGGACUGGAGAGUAUGGGACACGAAAUCACGAACCUUUUCAUUGAGCUUCGCGCCGAGGUGGCCCCUUUUGUUCUAAGUCGACAUAUUCAGAGGUCGCAAGACGAACAACUCUACUCCCUCGAUAGUCAUGACGGGGCCACAAUAAAUGCAAAGAAUUGGCAGCCUUGCGAAUUUGCUGGAUGCAUUGCCGAUACAAAACUUGAUUAAUGCCACUCGUGCCAUCGAGGCCUUUUACCUGGAUCAUCACAGACUGUGGCAGCUGCCAGUUG